UCAAUGUAAAUUCAUUGUGCGAUUAUGCUAAUGAACACGAGGCCUCGUCCUCACUCCGAGCGACCAGCCGGAACCUGUGGGAUCAUGGCAGGUGUUUGUGUGGCGCGCGCGCGCGGCGGCGAACGCGCUCGCUGUUGCUAAGGAGGAGUCGGCGCGCACCGGCCACCUCCGCCAGCUCGCGAACUGUAAACUUUUUUUUGUGGCGAAAGAACGGGCGAUUCGAUUCGUUGCGGCGUCAAGAGACUCUCUGGACUUCAGUGUUAUAACAGCCGACUGCAAAUUCAUUGCACCUAAUUGACUCGUGGGCGAACUGUUCCACAGACAGAGAGAGAGGGAGAGAGAGAGGAGAUGUCUAAAGACAAAGAUGUUCCACCGACGGAAAACUUUGCUUCAAUGAGUUUGCAGACAUGUCUGGAGGACUGCAUGGAGGCUGUGGACUUGUUCCUCAACAAUCGCUUUGCAGAGAGCCUGGACAGGCUUCAGCCACAUGUGAAGAACAGCAUGUACCAUGCACUCAUCUAUGCCACAGUGCUGGAGAUGCAAGCAAUGAUGACUUUUGAGCAUGACGACAUCGUCAGUGCCGGUAUUACCAUGAAAAGUGCCCAAGAAGUGUGCCAAAGAUUCCGUAAAAAGUCCUCCAGUUUAAACAGCAAGCUGGCUGGAGAAGAUCUAACAGAAGAACAGCUUCAUGCUGAGGUGUGCUAUGCAGAAUGUCUGCUCCAGAGGGCUGCUCUCACGUUUUUACAGGAUGAGAACAUGGUGAGCUUUAUCAAAGGAGGGGUCAAAGUUCGCAGUAGUUAUUUGAUUUACAAGGACCUCCACACCUUUCUUCAGUCACAACAGUAUGUGAAAGGACCCAACCAUUUCCAGUUAGAAGGAGGUGUUUCCUUUGGGAUUGGAGCUUUUAACUUGACCCUUUCUUUAUUUCCUGCCCGAAUCUUGAGACUGCUAGAGUUUGCUGGCCUCUCUGGAGAUAAGGAGUAUGGUCUUUCCCAGCUGCAUGAAGGUGCUACAUCACACAAUCUGCGCUCCAUGCUUUGUGUCCUGCUGCUGCUUUGUUAUUACACCUUCCUCACCUUCAUUCUAGGGACAGGAGAGGGUGAUGUCGCCAGUGCUGAGAAGCUGCUGAUGCCUUUUAGGAUUCGUUAUCCUAGAAGUGCUAUUUUCCUCUUCUUUGCUGGGCGCGCAGAAGAAAUCAAAGGGAAUAUAGAUGAGGCAGUGGCGCUGUUCGAAGAUGGCUGUAGAGCCCAGCAGGCAUGGAAACAGUUUCACCACAUGUGUUACUGGGAGCUGAUGUGGUGCUUCACAUUCAAGCGUGUGUGGAAAAUGGCCUACUUCUAUGCUGACCUCCUCAGCCAGGAGAGCCGCUGGUCUAAGGCCAUGUAUGUAUACAUGAAGGCAGCAUGUCUCAGCAUGCUACCCAAAGAUGAAGCGAGGCCAUUUGGGGAGAACGAGGUGGAGCUCUUCAGACAGGUGCCAACCUUCAAGCAGAAGAUAGCAGGAAAGUCUCCUCCCACAGAGAAGUUUGCCAUCCGCAAAGCUAAGCGGUAUAAAGCCAGCUGCUCGGUGCGGCUCCCAGUACCUGUACUGGAAAUGAUGUACAUGUGGAACGGCUUCACGAUGAUCCGCAGUCGACCAGAGCUCACCAGAGGGAUGAUGGAAACCCUGGUGGAAGCAGAGCACACCUUUCAGGAGAGUCAUGAAAAUGAGUACAUGACUGAUGACAGCUGUGUGAUACAGCUCCUGAAGGGUAUGUGCCUGAAGAACGAAGGGCAGAAUGAAGCAGCAGAGGACUGCUUCAAUAAGGUGUGCAACAGCGAGAAGAAGAUCAGGUUUGAUGACUACCUUGUACCCAAUGCAUUGCUGGAGCUUGGCCUGCUGUACAUAGACCUGGGACGCAAAGAUGAGGCCAUCAAGCUACUGCAGAAAGCCAAAAACAACUACAAGGAAUAUUCCAUGGAGUCACGAACACAGUUCAGAAUCCAUGCUGCCCUCACCAAACUCAAGGCAGACACAAGCGAUGUAGAAGAAAGUACAGACCUAUAGUGAACAUGUUGGGUGUUCCUGUUCUGACAGACAACACUUGCACCUGUCCCCAUCCUCAGCUCAUCCCAGGGAAUGUCUUCUGGAGAACUCCUCAAACCCCACAUUCUUUGGAUGGUAGUCUCUGGAGGAAGAAAUGUCAUCUUGGCUAAAAGAAUCUCCAAUUAGCAGAGAUCCCAGUGUAGCUCAGCUUUUUCUCUGUAUGUAUCACGUUAGUGUGCUUAGUUUCCAGCUCCACGAGAAGUCUAGUUCAGUGUUGUUUCUAGAAUCACCACACUUAUUUUGGGAUUGACAUCUUGUUGCUAAGGUUAUUGUGGGAGUUAUAAUUUAAGACAUUUGUGCCUUAUCCCUGACAUGCUGCAGGUCUUUAACAAGUAGUUCAAGUGCAUGUGUGUGGAGUGUAUCAAUUAAAUUUAUAAGGUAGUUUUCAUUAAUUUUCUGAGGGAACUGCAGUCUGGUAACAGCUAUUAGUAGUAUCUGGAGCUUGCUCCAUCUCCCAUGAUGUUUGUGUGUGCCAGUCUUUUCUAGGAGGUCCAGUGCCCAGAGUAGCUUUUGUAAUCCCUUGCAAUAUUUUAUUAGUUCUAAGGCAACAGUUCAGGUAUUCUACCUCUUUCAUAAGUCUUUAUUGGAAGUGGUAAAAUAUAUUUCACCACAUUCUGGAUUUGAAUCAUCUCUGUGAA